CAUUGCCAGCUGAUUUCCGGUGUCUUUAAAUUCGCUGCCAUCAAUCCGAUAUUUUUUUUAGUGGAAAAGAUUAACCCAAACGAUGGGUAGAAACCCAGUUUUACGAUAGCGUGUAUUCGUACUAGUUACAUUGUUAUGAUAAUGUGACAUUGUUUAUAUAAGUGGGGACAAGGCGCCGAUUGCAUUAGCUGGUCGUGUUUGUAUAUCUCUGUUUCGGUUCCUCUUUUUGUGCCGCAGUCUCAGCGAAACUAAUGUUAGCUGGCUAGCUUACUGCUCCCAGCUAUUUUUUUCUGUCCGUCUUCUUUGGAGGUUGACCUUAUCGCGCAUCCGAUACUUACUAAUGUUACAGAAUGUGUUUUUGCACUGUGCCCUUCUUCAAAAUGGAUUAGCAUAGUGUUGCGGCACGAUUCACUGAUGGUUAACAUUAGCUGUUUGGUUAGCUACCAGCAGAACAGGCACUGUGCGAGCUUAACAUAGCUAAAGUUAGCAACCCCUUCAGCUUUUGCUAGCUUGCUAAUCAGCACCAGAGCGUGAAUUUUGCUGUCAGGUAAGCGUGCUUUUACGGGUGGUUGUGGAUUACUGACACCUUAUAGGUUUUCAUUGACAUUGUUAUGUUUACUCUUGGUUAAAAUAGCUAGCCUGCUCUCUAACGUUAAAUGCAUCCAAACAGCCGUUGAACUUCUGUCAACAAUUUCAACCAAAUAGCUAACAAGCAGUAACGUUAGUUAUCUGGCUUAAAAUUGAGAGUGUUGUACUCAUUAAUCGUACACCGUUUUAGAUAAUAAACAUUCGAAUGAACGCUUUAUGUCGAGGGAUAAUUCAGUUAACACCUUAACUAACGGGCGUACUGCCGGAUAUUGUUUAUGUGUGUUAGUCACUGGCCUUAAAAUCACAUUCGUCAGCUGUUGCACUUCAGUGUCAGUACAGGAUCAAGAGUUGUACGCGUUUGUCUGAAGUACUGGCUAGUGUGUUGAGGUAGUAGUCUUGAAUUGGUGCCAGGCAGUGGGUAGCAGAAAAGGGUUGGGGGGUAAGAAGCACUGAAGCGCACACAGGCUCUUUGUGCCAAGGGUUUGCCCCCCUUCACCACCGACGCAUCACCACAUCCUGUCUGCUUUCCACCUCUGCUCACAGCCAUGACAACUCAAAGAGACCCCGACACGGUGAACCUCCGGCUCAUACUGGUCAGUGGAAAAACACAGGACUUCACCUUCUCCCCCAACGACUCGGCCACCGACAUCGCCGGCCAUGUCUUUGAGAACUGGCCUGCAGGUUGGGAGGAGGAACAGGUGAGCAGCCCUGGCAUCCUGCGCCUCAUCUUCCAGGGUCGCUUCCUGCACGGGAACGUCACACUUGGAGCUCUGAAGUUGCCCCCUGGCAGGAUAACUGUCAUGCACUUGGUUGCCAGAGAGACCCUACCAGAGCCCAACUCCCAUGGCCAGAGGAACCGCGAGAAGACUCCAGAGAGCAGCUGCUGCCUAUUGUUGUGAAAAGAAAAGAAGAACAUAAAGAAAUGAUCGAAGUAAAGACGGGGCCCAACUAUAACCACAUCCUUAAUCCCUUCCCUAUCCAUUUCAGUCCUCGCCCCCCCACUUAGGUCUGUCUGUCUGUCUGUCUGUCUGUCUGUCCACCCAUUGUGUGUCUUUGAGGUGAUCUUUGCCUGAGAACUUUCAGCUGAAUGGACUGGAUCCUCGCCUAGUUCUUACACACUUUUUUUUCUUUUUCUUUUCUUUCCUUUUUGUGCCAAGUGUUAAUAUCAGAAAUGUUGUGUUGUUGCCAAAAUUCGCAUCGGAUUUUACUCAAAACUGUUUGAGGAGGAAGAAAAAAAAUGUACAGAAUGCUGCCAACUUGAGGCCCCUCCAUGAGGUGACGGGAGAGGAGAGGAGAGGAGAGGAGACGGCCGAGCAGGAACAGCUCUGCAUCCAAAGGAAGUCGACUCUGCUCCCGAUGUUCCCAGCUCAAGGACAAGAAUGCCUCCCUCCUCCCUCAUGGAGAAGCCUCUUUCUUCUUCUUCUGUGAUGGCCCACGGACUGGGGCUCUGCAGAUCACGCUUCUGACUGUCAAAGGAAGCGUGUGUUUGCAUGUGCGUGCGUGCGUGUGUGUGUGUGUGUGUGUGUGUGUGUGUGUGGUCUGUAGUGAGAGACCUUGGACUGUACUUGUCUCGGGGCUCUGUGGGGAAUUUAUUCUGUGUGUUUAUAAUGGUCUUAAUCUCACAACAUAACCUCCCCCCCCCCCACACCCAGUCUGAUGUUCUAGACUCGCCUGUUAGGAAGUGCCAUGUGUCACAGCACCCUUUCCCUCCAAAUAUGAAUCUGCCUGUAGGUGUAACUUAGUACCUUCUGAAGGGCACUUGUUUGCAGUGGAAAUGAUCGAUUGACUGAUAUGUUAUGAGUGGGAUUUUUUUUUUCUGGAUUUGGACCAAGUGCAGAAGAGAAGUGCCGAGGGUCUUGCUUCGAAUAAAUAAACUAAGAGAUGGCGUUGGUGCA